CCACUGAUGUACGUACACUCCUCCUCUUCGUAGAACUACAGUGUGAUGUCCUACAUCGAGGCGGGUCUUAAUCCCCGGAAGAUCGUUAUCAUGGGAUCGUGCUACGCGUAUCUGUACAUCUCCAAGAUUUGCAAGAACGACACCGUCACCACGACCAAGUUGAGAACGGUGAUGCGCCUAAGCUACCUGUCCGCGACGGAGCUGAUCACGCGCGAGUCUUUCCGCACGUCCUGGGACGAUAUGCGACACGUCCCGUACGGCAUGCUCACCAAAGGCAUCACCAAAAAAUGGCUCACCUACAACGAUGUGGAGUCUAUGCGGCGGAAGGCAGAUUACGCACAGCACCACCAGCUGGGUGGUAUGGGACUGUUUAGCGUGGACGAAGAUGACUACGGGGGACGUGCUGGAUUCGGACGGUACCCAAUGCUACGAGCGCUGGUGUCCAUACUGUACCCUGAACUAGAUUGUAGCGAGGAAGAGCUGGAGGAGGAGAUCGAAACCAUCGUAUGUCCGUACACUGGCUAUCUGACGGAUCCAGUGGAACCAGAGUGCUAUUAUGCGUGUGAAGAGGGCAUAGGCCUACACGAUUGUCCCAAGAAAUGUUGUCCCCAAGGACAAACCUUCAGCGAAGUUCAGAACAAAUGUUAUCAAACUCCUGAUAUGACGCCUGCACCUUGCAGUUCUGGUCCCACUUAUCCUCCAAUGGGACGAUCCGUCUCAUAUCCGUCAUCUGAUCAAUAUCAACAGCCAAUAGGAUAUCAGCAAUCUACAGGAUAUCAACAGCCUACGGGAUACGAACAACCAACGGGAUAUCACCAACCUCCAGAAGUUUUAAGCGUUGUUCAGAACAAUUAUCCAAUAGUUCAGGCUGAUCCACAAAUUACUCCCUAUCAACCCAUGACAGUUGACAGUUUAGUGCCGACAUUGAUGGGAUCUCCAUCCACCAUGGCACCCAUGUACGCUUCCAUGGAUGAGCCGGAACAUCAAGCUUCCAAUUUAGUUGCCCACGUAGUUGUCAUCCCGAACGGUUCCGAGGGACACAUUACACCGGGAACGACGCCAACAACGAUCACGACCGAGGAGGUGGAAAUUCUGAACACCCCCUGUGCGCUAAAGGGAGAACUUGAACAAGCGACCGAUCCACCCGUUGUGAUAACCCCAAAACCGAACCGAUCCUCCCGGCGGGAAAAGGAUCGCAAAAGAAAGAGCCGCUCCAAGUCGCACUCGGGUAGAGCAACUUCCACCGAAACAUCGAAGGAAACAACACCCAUUACAACGCCCGCUCUCACUGCAACAGUAACGGAAUCACUGUCGACUGUUGGUAUCACAACAGUAACAACCACUGCAACAACAACAACAACAACAACCACUGCCAAGCCAUCUCGAGCACGUAAAACGACGACGGAUGUAACGCCCGGAAUUGAAGCAACCGAGCCGAGAAUGGUAUCCUCAUCUGCUUCAAGUACGUCCUCAACGGCGGCGGCGACCACGUCCACCACAAUCACUACCACCACACCACUGCCAACCACGACGGUGACAGUGACGACGACACCGCCAAGCACUACAGUGACAACUGCCGACGUGACUUUCGCAGACAAAACAUCGCCAAUCGUCACAUCACCACCAACAGCACCAGCACUGGCGACCAGUAGUAGUAGUACGCUGUCUAGCGAGCAACCAACAACAACGCUAUCACCAGUCCCACCGACGUUAUCCAACACGCGGAUAGCAACAACAAAAACGACAACAGCAAUACCAACCACUGCACCACCACCGACGGCAAGUACGGCGAUUGCCAACACAACGCUACACGACGCACCUUUACCCCUGGAAACGACCAUCACCUGAAUCGGGCGAUAGGAUAGAGUGAGGUCUCGCAACCGCCCUAUUUUUGUUUAACUAUUUAUGCUGUAGGUCUAAUGUGGUAAGGUGAUUAGUGAUCUGUAUUUAUUACAUCGUGCGCACACGACUUAAUAAACAUAAAACAACCAAAAGCGCUACGCAUGGGCGCACGUACUGCGCGCGCUCGAUU